AUGGCUAAUCCAUUUGAUGAUGAUGAUGAUGACUUACCAAAAAGUUAUUCAAAAGUUGGAAAAAAAACUGGUGGAAAUGAUAUUGAUUAUUAUGAACGUGAAAUUGAGAAAUAUAUGCAAGAAUCUCUUGAUAGUACACAAAGAUCUAGAGCUCAUUUAGAAAAUUCUGAAACUUUAGCUAUUAAAACGGCUCAGGAUUUACUUGAACAAAGAGAAAAACUUGAAAGAACUGAACAAAAUCUAGAUAAAAUUCAACAUACAACAUCUAUGACACAACGUAAUUUGAAUAGUUUAAAGUCUGUUUUUGGAGGUUUUUUUAAGAAUAAAUUUAGUAAGAAACCAGCUGAACCUACACCUACAGUUACUCCAUCAACAACAUCAGAUAAAUUAUCUUCAUAUGUAUCAAAUGAUAUAAAAAGUACUUCAUUUAACAGUAAUACAGGGCCGUCUCAACCAACAUUAAGUCAGUCAUCAAGAGAUGCUAUCAAAGAUACCAGAUGGGAGGAGAUGAAUAAUGAGAUUGAGGCUAAUUUUGACUAUAUGUCAGAAAGUCUUUCACGUUUAAAACAACUUGGUACAGCUCUUAACGAUGAAGUUGAUGAUCAAAAUAAAUUACUCGAUAGAAUACAAGUAAAAGCUGAUAGAAAUGAUUCUGUUGUUAGAAGUCAAGAUGCUCAAAUGAAAAAAUUAUUAGGUUAUAAAAAUGUUACUAAACCUGAAGACACAGCAGCUUUUGCUGGAAGGAAAAAGUAA